AUGGAACCAAGAUCAAGAGAAACUACUCCUACAAAAGAGGAUUUGGAUUUUAUAGUUGAUGAUGGUUAUAGACAUGAUGAGGAUCCAGAUUAUAUUCCAGAUGAAAAAUAUCUUGUUAGUGGAAAAGAGUUUAAAAAGUUAACACAAAAUGCUAAAAAACUCGGUGCUGAAUCACUUGAUUAUUCAACACGAAAAAAUAACAAAUAUAUGGUCACUCUUCCAAGUGGAAAAAAAGUUCAUUUUGGAUCGACAAAAUAUGCUGAUUAUCUUACUCAUAAAGACAAAGAAAGAAGAGAUAAAUAUCUUGCUCGAGCUACAAAGAUUAAGAAUAAACAAGGAGAAUUAACUCAUAAUAAUCCAGAAUCAGCUAACUAUUGGUCAACAAAACUUCUUUGGUAGUAAAUCGAUUUAAGAAUUAAAAGAUUUUUAAAAAAUGCAUCGCAAAAAAAUUUUAAAUGGUGGAAAGAAGUUCUAUAUUCAUCCUAUUUUUACAAAUUAUGCCGCUUCAAAAGACGGUGAAAUUUUAAAUGUAAAGACUGGAAGAAUUUUAAAAAAAAAUUUGACUACCUCGGGAUACUAUGAGUUUAGAAUAUAUGAUAAAAAAAAUUUUAAACCAAAGAAUUACCUUAUACACAGGUUUGAAUGGGAAUGUGUUAAAGGUGUAAUUCCAGAAGGAUUUGUUAUUGACCAUUGUGAUUCAGUUAGAACAAAUAAUAAAAUCGAAAAUUUACAAUUGCUAACUUUAAAAGAAAAUGUUCAAAAAGGACGUAGUAAACCAAUAAAAUCAUUUACUAUCAAAAAUAACGUACAAAAAAACUAUGUUAGUAUUACUUCUGCUUCAGUCGAAUUAGAUAUUUCCUUUUCAAUUAUCUCUGGCAUUUGUAGAAAAGUAAAGUAUUACAAAACAGUUAUUUCCAAAAAAGGUGGGGAUAGAUACUCAUUUGAAUUUUUAGAAAAAAAUGCUUAAAUAUUUAAUUAAAAUAAAGAAAAAUGUUUUUUAAUGAUUAUUAUACCUUUGAUACUUUAGUUAAAAAAGUAAAGGAAGCACAAGAAACUAAUGAUUUAAAAAAACAGAAAAUUUUGAAAGGUUUUACUAGACUUUUAUUGAUAUUUGAAAAUAUUUAUUUUAUUAUGAAAGAUUACGAUGAUAGUGAGGAGUUUGAUGAAAUAAAACCAUUUUAUUCAUAUAUUGCUCAAAUUUUGUGUAGUUAUUUAGAGAAUUAUAUCAGAGGUGAAAAGUUUGAUUUAGACAAAAUAAAAUCUAUUUCAGAUUCUUUAGCAUAUAAAUACGCUAUUUUUGGUUUUAGUUUAAUUGAAGGAAAAACUUAUUUAAUGUUAGAUAAAUGUUUCAAAGAAGAAGAGGAAGAUAAUAAAAUUUUACAAAUUCCUAUUCCAAUUACGAAAACAGAUGAGUGGUUUAAUGAUUUAAAGAAUAGUAAUUUAUAAUCAAAAAUGCAAUUGUCAAGCUACGAAAAUCUUACCCAAGACAAUAUUAUCUUUAAAGAAGCCAAAGGAUUUAAAGUCCAAGAUAGCAAAAUUAAAUACAAACGUAUCCCAAUUGAAAUCAAAUAUUCGAAUGGAAAGAAAGGACCGCUUGUAAUCGAAACCCCAUUUCUUUUUAGCUUUGGUGUUAGUGAAAAGAAAAAUCAAGAAACAAAAAAGUUAGUAGGUUAUAGUAUUCCAGUAUGUCUUUGGGCUAAAGAUAGCGAACCAAAUAACAAAGAAAAAGCAUUUUUGGAUGUUAUUAAUAACUUAACAUCUCUUUCUCAACAAUAUUUAGAGAAUGAAUAUGGCCCACAUUUAGCUUCGUCUCUUACUACACCAUUAUAUUACAAACAGGAAGAAUACACUGAUAAAAAAGGAAAGAAGAAAACAAGAAUUGAUCCCUCAUCUGCACCGGUUUUUUAUGCAAAACUUAUUUACUCAGAAAAAUCAAAGAAAAUUUUAUCUUUGUUUAAGGGAAAG